GUUUAUGAGGUCACGGGGCUCCUUCAUUUUAUGCUGUUGCUUUAAAUAAUUGUUAUACUUGGAAGUUUGUUCAUGCACGAGCAAUAUCAAUUAUCUUGCAACGCCAUGUACGUCGGCUAUCUCAUUGGGAAAAUAUCAAUUGUUGUAGAAUUGUGUCCUUUAAUAAGAGAGGCGACCAAGCAUGAAGGAACACAGUCCUUGAAUGGCAACCGUUUUGGAUGUACAAACACUCGGCAACAUGCGCAGGUAUACAGAAUCUGUAUCUAAAACCUUGUAACCACUUCAGUUAAAGGUAGGUCUACAGUACUGUUUGAAAACCCAGGCCGUGCCGAAUGCCGUCAUGCGAGGCAAGCCCGGAAUGUGUGACAUUUGAAAAUACAAAACAGUUCUGGUUUGUUGAUAAUCGUAUAUGAAAGAAGUGCAUCGAAUCGGGAUUAUUGAUGAUAAUUUUGGCUGGAGGAGAGAGAGACAGCACCUUCCGACGUUGCCAGGAAAGUUGGUUCCAAAACGCCGUAGUGUGUGUGAGUUUUCAGGGUGCACGCGGAACGUAAGACUUUGCCGGGAAAGUUGGUUCCAAAACGCCGUAGGGUGUGUGAGCUUUCAGGGUAUACACGCACGGAACACUAGAACCCAUACUUCAACAGACAGAGCCAGAAAGCGAUGGCGAUGUUCCACAGAUUCCUUUUGCUGACACUUGCAGUUUCCAUGGUAUCCGGGGAGGAAUGCAAAUCGCCUCCAACGACGUUUGGUACGACCCACGAUGGGGGUGACACUCUAGUGUUUACGACGGGUCAAACUAUCCAGUACACGUGUGACUUCGGCCAUUUCGCGGUGGGAUCUACGACCAGAAUAUGUCAGGAGGGCGGCGUAUGGACAGAGAAUGAUGACAUAUGUCGACUCGAUGUAGCAUCAUUAUCGCUGGCGUGUAUCGGUGGUAUUACAGCCGUUUUCAUUUUCUUCGCACUUUCCUGUUGGAUGGUAACAAGGAGAAGCCGCGCCAAACGCCGAGCUGAACGCAGGCUCACAAUCCAGCGAGAGAAGAAUAAACAGAACGUCAACGGAGGUCUGAAUGGCCCUGCCGCAGUGCCAGAGGGCGCUUACAACACCAGGAAAAGCCAGAUCACAGAGCGUAGUGACUCCGGUCUUCAGACAGAUCUCGAUCUUGAAGACACCAACCUAAACGAGUUCGAUGUUACGAUCGAUAGUCCAACGGAUAAUCAAUCAGCUUACACAUCUGAUUUUCAGAUGAGCGUGGAUGAUGAAAUCGAAGGAUAGUCUGCGGCAACUGAAAACAAAAAUACAAA